UAUAAGUAAAAUAAAUUAUAUUUUCUCCAUUCCUGCUUUACCCAAGGGGAAAGUACUCUUAGAGGAAGAAUUUUUUGACGAUGGAAACAUAUUCAGAUGCAUGUGAUUUUAUACAAGAUCACAAAGUUGCAUUAGCGUGUAUAGUGACUACAGCAUGCAGUUUAAUUGCUUUCAAAAAAUUCAUGGCUGGUGGGGUAUGCAGGAGCAAGGCUCAUAUGAAUGGCAAAACAGUGCUUAUAACUGGAGCUAAUACAGGGAUAGGCAAGGAGACAGCUAGAGACCUGGCACACAGAGGAGCUCGAGUUUUACUAGCAUGUCGUGAUGUAACAAAAGCGGAGAGAGCAGCUGAAGAUAUCAGAAAGUCAACUGAAAAUGAAAACGUAGUUGUGUAUAUUCUUGACCUUGCCUCACUUAAGUCUGUCCGCCAGUGUGCAAAUGAAGUCCUAACUAAAGAAACCAGACUGGAUGUCCUCAUUAAUAAUGCAGGUGUAAUGUGGACACCAAACGUAAAGACAGCUGAUGGUUUUGAUAUGCAGUUCGGAACAAAUCACCUUGGACAUUUCUUAUUUACAAAUCUCUUACUGGAUCUAGUGAAGAAAUCAACACCAAGCAGAAUCAUCAAUGUGUCUUCCUUGGCUCAUAUAAGAGGAAAGAUAAAUUUUGAUGAUCUAAAUAGCGAGAAAGGUUUUUCAACUAUGAAAGCAUAUGCUCAGAGUAAAUUGGCAAAUGUUCUAUUUACAAGGGAAUUGAGUAAACGUUUACAAGGAACAAAUGUGACUGCUAAUUCUUUACAUCCUGGAGUUGUGGCUACAGAGCUUGUCCGAUUCAUAGACAAUUAUGUUUUGCCAGUGAGAACAUUUAUCAACUUGAUGUAUUACGGCCUAGUGAAACACUUAAACAAAACACCAGUCCAGGGAGCCCAGACCACUAUAUAUUGUGCUGUGGACCCUGGCAUAGAGAAUGUCUCUGGAAAAUAUUUCAGUGAUUGUGCUAUCAAGGAAGAAGCCCCACAAGCUCAAGAUGAUGAAGCUGCUGCGAGAUUGUGGAAAGUCUCUGAAGAAAUGGUUGGGCUUACACAGAAAUCUUAAUCAGGAAAAAAGCCUGACCGCUUAGCUCAGAAGGGAGAGCAUUGGUCUACAGAUCGCAGUGUCGGGAGUUCGAUCCCCGGACAGAGCGUAUGUUCUCUUUGACGAUUUGAUAAAAAACAUCAUGUCUGAAAUCAUUCAUCCUCAACCUCUGAUUCAUGUGGGGAAGUUGACAGUUACUUGUGGAGAACAGGUUUGUACUGGUACAGAAUCCAGGAACACUGGUUAGGUUAACUGCCCGCCAUUACAUGACUGAAAUACUGUUGAAAAAUGGCAGUAAACCCAAAACAAACAAACAAAUAAUCAGAAAAAAAACAGAAAAAAGUCAUUGGGAUUAUGAACCGUAAAAUAUGAUUUUGAUAUUGGGACAUUCAUUAACAUCAGUAGCAGGUUUAAAAGAUUAAGUGGUCAAGCAGAUAUCAGGUAGACCUCAGUUUAAAGUAUUUUUAUCUGGGAAAUAGUGCCUUGGUAUAUUCUGAUAACACUUUUAUAGUCAGUAUUUUUGUUUUGGUUUACUUUUUCUAAUGUGCAGGAAUAUUUUCAUUUGCAUGACAAUCAUAAUGGAGACUGCCGAUUUCUUUUUUACCAAAAUGUUAAUUGUAUGCCCAACAUAUUUAAAUGUUUAUAUACCAGUUUUGACAUUUUAUACCGGUGUUUGACAAAUUUUUGGUGGGGAGGAGGCACUUAAAUUUGCCUUCUGUCCAGAUGUCCAUCCAUCCGUCUGUCUGAAUUUGUGUUAUAAGCGCAUCUGAAAAGAUAUACCUAGAGUCAUGAAACUGUAUAGGAAUAUUCUUCAGCAUGGGAAGUUGUGCACUUGGCGUUUUGUUGGGGAUUUUAGCCGGCAGUUCCCCAGAUAUGGCGCUUGACUUAGUCAAAAAUAUGCAUAAAAGGCCUAAAAGUUGUGUUGCGCAUAUCUUAAACAGUAUUUGACCUAGAGUCAUGAAACUGUGUAGGAAUGUUGUUUAUUUAUUGUGAAGUUAAGCAUUUUCAGUAACAUUCAGGAUUCCCCUACCCUUCCCCAUCCCAGGUCAGAAAAAAAUGCUUACUACCUUCAGUUUUUUUGUGUUAUUUGAUGAUGUUUUAUGGACAGUCAACCCUACCAACAGGUGAUAUUAAAUUGAACUUAGUCGAGCAUUGUCAGCCAUAUGGUGAUAGUAAGUGGGGGCACCAGUGUCCAACACAUAUCUGGUUAAUAGUGUUCACUGUUGCAUUGCAUUUCAAACAAACCUUUUGUACUAUUUUUUAAACAUUUAUAAAACCUAGGGGUAUUGUUAUAUAAUAACAAUAAAUUUGAUAGACUGUU